GCUCCUUCCGCUUAGUGUGGUAACAAAAAUUCCAUGAUUUUAUUACGCGACUUCAGUUAGGAUGAAAACAUCUUUAUUAUCGUAAAUAAUGGUCCUGUUUUACGGAUACCGUGCGUAUAAAUAACAGCUGAAGUGGCAAGCAAAACCAGUUUCCAGUUCAAGACCAAAGGUUUCUUUCUACGUCAAGCGGUAAUCCUCUCAAAAUGCUUCUGGAAAGUGUCCUGCUUCUGUUGGCCGGCCUUGCCGGGGCCUUCGGCCAGGUCCCAUCGCCGAGUGCGCCGGCCAGCAAUUUCUCCUACAUCUCCGGGAAAGGCAGUUACCUGUUGGCUAUCGAUCGAACCGGCGUCGUUCAUCGUCUGAAUGGGACAACAUGGGUUGCACUGCCCGCGCCGACGCUGGUGGGCAAUCCAAAUAUCCCUGCGAUCUCAACACACGCACGCAGUGUGGGCGCCAGUCCGGAUGGCUGGCAUCACAUGUGCACCAAGACUGGUGAACCCUUCCGCUUUAAUCCAAACAGCAACACAUGGGAGUAUACGAAUAAUGUCUUGUGUAAACAAAUUAACGCACGGAAUAAAGACAACGCUGCGAUGAUCAAGGUGCAGGCCUUGAGAAGUAACCAGGGAGUAGCAGUAACCUAUACAGCCACAGGUAUCCUCGGAACUGGAUCGUGGAAUCUCUUAGGCGUAACCACGGAUAAUAAUUUCGACUAUCUAGAAUGGGUCAGUAUUGGGAAGGACGGUGAGAUUUGGACUAUUGCGAACGAAGGGCGCGUGUUCCGCUACAACAGUGCGGCCGACAGAUUUGACGGGAUCCCUAUUCUCAAUGCCCUGCGACUGGAUGUGCGCAAUGCCAGCUAUGCCACUGUCGUCACACCGGGAUGCACCGCGUGGACCUUCAAGAGCGGCACAUGGGCCAAAUGGUACAUCGUCAGCGGCUGUCCGGUGCAGACAACCUCCACCAGUAGCAAUGAUUACUACCUGGACGAGCGCGGUCAUUUCGGUUCCCGACACUGAAAGACUUGAUUCUGUCAUGUCGUGGAUUUAAUACAGCGCGUACUGACAAAGGCGGAAUGCUUAAGAGGGUGAAGUUUUACUUGUGCUUUUAAAAGUGGCCUUUACCCUUGAUAGUU